GGGAAGGCAAGGGGAGGAAGAGGAAGACAGCUCGAAAACUUUUCCCUCUAGUUAUUGAAGUGUUCCAUUUCAGUGGCUUCCUACCGAGAAAUAUAGAUGCAGUUCGGAGGGUCAAGUGCAAAACUGGUCAAGAGCAGUGUCUGACAAGAGCUGGGAGAAAUGAAAGUUGUGGCUAGAGGACGUGGUGGUGCUGGUGCCAGUGUGAUCGUGAGGCAUGGCGAGGCUCCCAGAAGAGGUAGGAAGCCAAAGAGAAAGCUGGAAGCGGGAGCACACCAGAGCACGCUGGUGGGGGGAGGGCAGAGUGGGCACACCCUCUUCUGCCAAAAGCCUGGCGCUGCUGCUGGCACUGCUGCUGGUGGCGGUGGUGGCGGUGGUGGUAGUGGUGGUGGUGGUGGUGGUGGUGGUGGUGUAGCCCCUCAUGAAGUGGCCGGCUUUGCCAACCCUGUCCUCCAGCGCAGUGGCAAGCAGCACCAAGCCACCCCCAAAACCACCCCGUCGUCUUCAGCUUCUGGUCCUGCUCCAGGGGCCCCGUUGUCAGAGUACGUGUCUAAAUCCGCCUCCACCACUCCUGCAGCAGCCGCAGCUGCACUCUCAGGGGCCGGCAGCAGCAGCAGUAGUGGAGGGAGCCAGCGUGAUGCUGUUGAUGCCCCUGUCCCAGGGAAGAACCGCUUCGCCCGGAAGUCCAUGCCGAUGUCAGGCCCGGUUCCUCAUGUUCUGCAGAUGCUGCAAAAAGAGAGGUCAUUAUCAUCUCCACCGUUGUCAUCAUCAUCAUCAUCAUCAUCAUCCUCAUCAUCGUCACCACUUGUAACAACAGCAGCAGCACCUCCACCACCACCAUCAGCACCAGCAGUAAAAGAGGUAGCGAGGCCACAACAUACCAAGCCACCUCCCAACCAGAAGCCAUCUGCAGCAUCCCGCACUGUUUCAAAGAAAAAGAAAAGGAAACUGGGAACGUACAACUUUGUCAAUAAGAAGAGAGCAAAGGUGGUGAGGAGAGGAUCCCAGGCCAUGUUUUCAACUGAGGAAAGCUCGAUUGUGGAAGAAAGUGUCACAGACGAGGGUGUGGAGGAAGAAGAAGAGGCUGAGGCGGAGGCCGAGGCUGACGUCGAGGUAGAGGCACCCCCCUCUCAAAAUGGCAGAGACUCAACCUCCACCUCCACAGCGAAUCCCGUAACAGAGAGAAAAGUGGAGGCUCUACCCGAUGAGACGCAUCCUAAGGAGCCCCAGCAGCAGCAGGUGGCCAAAGCAAUGGAGAUGUACACCGAGCUCCCUCUCUACUCUCUGGACCUCAAGGGCCAGGAUGACCUCUUCUCCUCUCUCCAGUCUGGUUUAUCUGCUGGGCAGGGCGCCAUGGAGACGGAGGCCAUGCUGGAGCUGCCGCUGUGCUGCUGCCGCAUGGAGGCGCCCCGCAGCCAGGAGACCCUCACGCUGUCCGACAGCAAGUGCAUGGCCGUGGAGAGCGUCGACGGGCAGCUCAGUCUGUGUCGUAAGAGCAUCCAGAAGCAGGAGAUGAUGCGUCCUUCUAUCCGCAUCCCUCUGUUGGUGCUGUGUGAGGACCACCGUGCUGGCAUGGUUAAGCACCAGAGCUGCCCCCGAUGUGGAUUCUUCUGCCGCGCCGGCACCUUCAUGGAAUGCCGGCCCGACGGCAACAUCUCGCACCGCUUCCACCGCGACUGCGCCUCGGUCAUCCGCGGCCAGAUCUACUGCCCACACUGUGGCGAGGACGCCAGCCAGGCCCUGGAAGUCACCGUCGCCAAGCCGGACGCCAUGUUUGUCCUGCCAGCAGCCACCGCGCUCCAAAACAAGACGGAUCUCUCGCUGAAGGGUCCGAAGAUUGGGCCGGUGGCGGCGUCCCCCAGUAAGUCCAAGACGGGAGCCGUGGCAGCUGAGGCGGCAGUGGGCACCAAGAAGACCCUUGAGGGCAUACUGGAGGCUCUGGAGGAGCAGGCCACCUCAAGAUACAAGAAAACAAAGCAUCCUCCUUCACAGCUGUUUACGUCUGCUAAGCAAGGUGACCUGCAGUCAGUUAUGCAGAUGCUGGUGGAAGGUGCGGACCCCAAUCUGACGUUGGAGGGCAACGGGAGGCAGACGCCCCUACAUGCUGCAGCAGGCGGAGGCCAUAACGACAUAUGCCACGUGCUAGUGCAGGCCGGUGCCAAUCUGGGCAUGUGCGAUGAAGGCCAGAGGACUCCCCUGAUGUACGCGUGUGAGAACAACCACCUGGAGACUGUGAAGUACCUGCUGAAGGCCGGAGCAGCUAGCAACCAGAAGGACGGAAAGGGCUCCACGUGUCUACACAUGGCCGCCAAGAUGGGACACUACAGCAUCAUGCAGCAUCUGCUUAGCCUGCCCUCGGUGGACCUCAACUGCCAGGAUGACGGUGGCUGGACCCCCAUCACGUGGGCCAUCGAGUACAAGCACAAGGACCAGGUGCACCUGCUGCUCUCGCAAGGGGCCGGGGUCAACCUCAGAGACAAGGAGGAGAACAUCUGCCUGCACUGGGCAGCCUUCUCUGGGCUGGACGAGGUGGCCCAGCUCCUCCUGGACACAGGCUCCGACCUCCACACCACAAACAUGUACGGAGACUCCCCGCUGCACAUCGCCGUCAGGGAGAAGCAGCUCGACUGUGUGAUGCUCCUCCUGUCGCGGGGGGCAGAUGUGAACCUGAGGAACAGAGAUGGGGACACACCUCUGGAGUGCUGCCCACCCAGCUCCAAGCUCUGGACCAUCCUCAACACCAACAAGAAGCUGACUGACGCCAGGAAAGGCAGGGACAUGCAGGGAGAGCGUGUCCUCAGCAAGGAUAUCUCGAGAGGAUACGAGACGGUUCCCAUCUCCUGUGUGAACGGGCAGGAUCACCAGGCCUGCCCCAGCAACUUCAAAUACGUCCCAGAGAACUGCUACACCUCCCAAAUGAAUAUUGAUGAAAACAUCACACACCUACAGCACUGCCAAUGCAAAGACGACUGCUCUUCCAAUAACUGUAUUUGUGGCCAGCUCAGUGUGCGUUGCUGGUAUAACAAGGAGGGCCGCUUGCUUUCGGAGUUUUCUCGGGAUGAUCCACCUUUCCUGUUCGAGUGCAACCACGCCUGCUCCUGCUGGAGGUCCUGUCGGAAUCGAGUGGUCCAGAAUGGACUCAGGACGAGGCUCCAGGUCUUCCGAACGGAGCACAUGGGCUGGGGAGUGAAGACCCUGCAGGAUAUUCCCGCUGGAUCCUUCGUCUGCGAGUACGUGGGAGAAAUAAUCACAGACAAGGAGGCCAACACCAGAGGGAACGAUUCUUUUCUCUUUAAUCUGGACAACAAGGUGGGUGAGGUCUACUGCAUCGAUGCCCAGUUCUAUGGCAACGUGGCGCGCUUCCUCAACCACCUGUGUGAGGCCAACCUCUUUCCCGUGCGGGUCUUCACCAAACACCAGGACCUGCGCUUCCCCCGCGUGGCCCUCUUCUCCAGCAGGCACAUCAGAGUGGGAGAGGAACUUGGCUUUGAUUAUGGCGAGCACUUCUGGAAGGUCAAAAGCAAGUAUGUGAGUUGUCAGUGCCGGCUGCCCAAAUGCCGGUACUCGUCCCUGGCCCUCAGCCAGGCUCAGGCCCAAGCCCAGACCCAGGCUGGCCUACCCCGCAGAAGCCCUGCUCCAGUGGCCUCUGGCCCGCCACUGCCUCCACACGCACAGCCCACCGGCACUGCCAGUCUACCACCCAUCAAGCCUUAAAGAAAGAAUAGGUAGAAGAACUUUUAAAGAAGUCCUUUGUUUUAGAAAAAAUAACAUCGGUUGUCUAAUUGAACAGAACUGAAAUAUCUUGCAAGUGAUGAUGUGUGGUACUGAACUGCUCUUGAUCACUUGCUAGAAAUGUUAGACCCGUAGGUAGCAAAAUAAAGUGUCAGACAUAGGCUGUGAUUUUACUGUUUUUGUACCAAACAUGUUUCACUGGUUGAGGAGAGUAGUUAGUAGCCACCACCACCAGGCUGUUAAGGCACUUCGCUGAAGAAAAAUAAGCUCAAGUCUCAGUGUUCGAGGUUAUCAUGUAAUUCGUUAAUCAUUGGUCCUGAAAUUUGUAAUACUGUAAUACUGUAUGUGGAUUUUUACCAGUGUUAUCUAGAAAAUAAAGACAUGUCGUUUUUUUA